AUGAAAAAUAAGGAAGGCUGGGACGGAAAAUUACGCAUGGAGCCCAAAGCUGUUAUUACGAACCCUGAGGCCUUGGAGGAUUCGGACUACUCCGACCCCGAGGCCCCGCCAGUCGAGGAGAUCGAUGCCGAUGAAGAUCUUUUGGAAGGGGAAGACGUGAAUGUUGAGGAUAUCGAUCUCGUCCAUUGUCGCAUAUCAUCUAUUGCCGCACUACGCUUAGAUCGGUUUAAUAAGCUCCAGAGAUUAUGUAUGCGUCAAAACCAAAUAUCGCGAAUCGACUUCCCAUCCAAUGUCGCUGCCACUUUGACCGAACUCGAUCUUUACGAUAAUUUGAUCUCCCACGUUAAGGGUUUAGACGAGUUUAAGGACCUGACGAGCUUGGACCUCAGCUUUAACAAGAUCAAGCAUAUCAAGAAUGUUUCGCAUCUUGUGAAGCUGACUGAAAUUUUCUUCGUGCAGAAUAAGAUCUCGCAGAUUGAGGGAUUAGAGGGGUUAAGUGUUCUGCGGAAUUUGGAGCUGGGAGCGAAUCGGAUUAGGGAAAUCGAAAAUCUCGAGUCUCUCGCUGCGCUUGAACAGCUCUGGCUGGGAAAGAACAAGAUCACUGAGAUGAAGAACCUCGAUUCCCUAUCAAAUCUCCGCAUUAUCUCUAUCCAAUCCAACCGCCUCACAAGCAUUACCGGUCUCUCAAAGCUUCCUAACCUUGAAGAGCUGUACCUCUCUCACAACGCUGUGACUGAUCUCUCGGGUCUGGAAUCGAAUACCACUCUGCGCGUCUUGGACUUCUCGAAUAACCAAGUCUCUCACCUCGAGCAUCUAUCCACACUGAAGAAUCUGGAAGAGCUGUGGGCAUCGAAUAACCAGCUUGCUAGCUUCGACGAGGUGGAACGUGAACUGAAAGAUAAGGAGAAGCUCGAGACGGUUUACUUUGAGGGUAAUCCCUUGCAGUUGAAGGGACCUGCGGUCUACCGGAAUAAGGUGCGGCUGGCAUUGCCGCAGAUCACUCAGAUUGAUGCCACUUAUGUGCGUGUCUGA